AUUCGUCUUUUACUUUUUUGUUGCUCUUCUUAUUUUUUGUUCUGAAAAGAAUCCGCAAAUGUCUUCUCCAUGAGUAUGCACAGAGAACGUCUGAAAAUAAUUGGGAUUCUCAGUUUCAGCCAACUAACCGGCACAAGGAGCAAGUGGCUCUGGGGAAAUUUUAUUUUCGAUACACUGAACAUAUAUCAAAAAUAA